UUCAACUUUGGCCCUACCUGUAUAUCACCACACUUACGCAUGCACGUGGUCCCCCUAUCAGUUUAAAGUUCCCGUUAUUGACAUUGAUUACUUUGGUCUAUUUACCUACGCCACCGACCCCCAAACAUUGACCGAUGGCGCUCGCAGGUUGUUGUGGUACGGGGCCGGGGUAUGCCACGCCCCUGGAUGCUAUGAAGCAUGGGCCCAGGGAGAAGAUUGUGUAUCUCCCCUGCAUAACCCCCGUAAGCAGAAAGAAAGACCUUUCUGACUAUCUGGCAACAGUAGACGUGGACCCUACUUCACCCACCUACAGUAAAGUUAUACAUCGUCUUUACAUGCCGAACAAAGAGGACGAAUUGCACCACUCUGGUUGGAAUGCCUGCUCCAGCUGUUUUGGAGACAGCUCCAAAAGUAGAAACCGUUUGAUCCUCCCCUGUAUUAACAGUGAUAGAGUGUAUGUGGUGGAUGUGGGAACCAAUGAGCGACAACCUCGUCUGUUCACGAGUGUUGAGCCGUGGCAACUACAUAAAAAGGCAAACUUGGGAGCUCCACAUACCACCCAUUGUCUUGGGUCAGGCGAAGUUCUUAUAAGCUGUCUUGGAGAUGAAAACGAAAACGCAAAAGGUGGUUUUAUCCUGCUGGACGGACAGUCGUUUAUUGUGAAGGGUAACUGGGAGACGAAACCGUUAGAGUUUGGGUACGACUACUGGUAUCAGCCUUACCAUAACGUGCUGAUCAGCACAGAGUGGGGAGCACCGAAAGCUUUCAGGAACGGAUUCAACCCUCAACAUGUGACAGACGGUCUUUAUGGCCACCAUUUGAAUGUCAUGGACUGGACGACACACGAACUCAUCAAGAGAAUUGACUUAGGUCCGGACGGUCAGCUACCUUUGGAGAUUCGUUUCCUCCACGAUCCUACCGCCACGGAGGGAUAUGUAGGGUGCGCACUCAGCUCAACCAUCUUCAGAUUCUUCCGCGCUCCAAAUGGUCAAUGGGAGGCCGAAAAAGUCAUAAGUAUUCCUCCAAAGAAAGUAAAGGGCUGGGCAAUGGAGAUGAUGCCAGGUUUGAUUACGGACAUUCUGAUAUCACUUGAUGACCGAUAUCUGUACUUCAGUAACUGGCUUCAUGGAGAUGUUCGUCAAUAUGAUAUCUCUGACAGAAGGAAUCCGAAACUCGUGGGACAAGUCUUCUUGGGUGGAAGCAUUUGCAAAGGUAGAAAAGUCAAGGUGCUAGAUGACCCAGAACUAAAGACUCAGCCAGACCCAGUGUAUGUGAAAGGAGAGCGCCUGCGUGGUGCCCCUCAGAUGAUUCAGCUGAGUUUGGACGGGAAGAGAUUGUAUGUGACAACAUCUCUCUACUCCAAGUGGGAUGAUCAGUUCUACCCCGAGCUUACCAAAGAAGGAUGCCAGUUGUACAUAUUGGAUGUUAACAACGUCAAUGGAGGUUUGUCCUUGAAUCCAAACUUCUUAGUGGAUUUCGGCAAAGAGCCCCAGGGCCCCAUGCUGGCCCACGAAGUGAGGUAUCCGGGAGGGGACUGUAGCUCUGAUAUCUGGCUGGCUCAUACUGCCAUCAAGAACAAGAUGUAGACAUGACUGAGAUCAUACAGAAACUCUGUACAGAACUUUGAAGCAUUGUGCUUUCUUAGAAUUUCAACGCUGCAAUAUUUUGAUAUACAAUUUGAUUUGCUUUGACAUUUUAAUUUCUAUCAUCCUGCAUAUCUUUGAAAAAUGUGUUCUUUUUAUUCUUGAAUUACAUUUGUUUUAUAAAUGUAUUGUAAAUUUUUAAAACCAAAUUUUAUAUAUAUUGUUGUCUGUUAUAAAUAGCAUUGAUUAAUGAAUACAUCUAUGAUUAGAUAUCUAUAUGUAUACAAGAAUUAAACUUUUGAAGCAUU